CUCCUUAAGAAGAGGUAAAAGGUAAGGUUGUAGGCACAAGAUCGAUUAGGUACAUGUGUAACUUAUCAAUAAUAUAUAUUUUAUACAGUUUUCUGAAAAACCUCCGUGACUUAAGUUGUAGAUUCUCAGAUAACUAAGAUUAGAGUGGUAUUAUGUGCUCUUGAACACUAUGUAUCUUUUGCAGUGUCUCAUCUCCCCUUAGAACUUACUGAACAUGUCAAAUUUUACUUGUAUUAUACAGUUCAAGGCUGUAUUCUCCACAUUCAAGGAUGUCAAAGUCAUCCAGUUCUCUUCAAUGCAAGAUGCUUUCCUAGGAUUCAAUGACAAGAGUGUUAAUCUUUAUGUUCAGACAACGGAACAGAGAUUCAAGAAUCGCGUGAAGCGGUAUGUUGGUAUAUGGUGUUGUGUGGGUAAUCACACUCCCGGACACAUAUACUAUGAUAUGUACUGGGAUGAGAAACCUGGUUGGAAACCAAUACCGCCUCAAACUCCAGAGGAUGAUCACCCACCUUUGUGAUGUCCAAUUUUAGGCUUAUGUUGGUCAAAAAACCACAAGAGCAAUGGAGAGAAAUAUAAGAAAAAACAUCCAGAGCUGGUUUAGUUCCUAACAAAGAGAAAAUCUAGUUUAAUGGAAGAGGUUGUACUAUGUUGAAGAAUGUUACAUUGGUAGAUUGGAAGAGGUUGUAUCCAAAGAGAAAAUCUAGUUUAAAAUAGGGAUGAGAGGACAUUUACAUUGCAUAAGAAUAUAAAUCAUUUUUUAUUUGUAUGAUAUUUUUCAUGGUGCAAAAAUAAACGGAAGGUAAUAAUUUGAAGGAGAGAGUGAUACUUGAUUUGCUUUUUCACGUAAACAUUAUUAUGGCCAGAUUUCUUUUGAUUAAUUAGUAUUAUGUUCAAGAAUGUUAUUCUCUUCAA